ACCGGUCGACCUCGCAGUCGAGUGCGAGACGCCGCGUGAGCAACAUCGCGUCCCAUCACGUUAACGUUUUCCACACGAUCUUCCUUCGUUUUCUUAUUUGUGAAAAUUAUUACCAACGAUUUAGAUCCUUCAGGAUCCUUCCAUAGAAUCGAUCGAAGAACCGGAAGAAUAAAAGUUGCAGGACAACGGCUAAUCCACGCGCGAAGCGUCGCAAGGAAAUCGAGCCCUAAAGGACGAUCUUCAGGUAACACAAAGGAAGGAGUGAAAGGAAGCGACAUUUCGAACUACUUUUGAAAUCGCGCAGUGAAUACGUUUGGACGAAGUGAAUAUUUUCCUUGAGACUAUCAUUCUUUCUCGACGGGGUUAAUUGUUCGGAACUCCUCGAAAAGACGGCAGCCUGUGUUUAGUGCGAAGUGCGUGGACGAAAGUUUCACGGUCAACCUGUUAGUCAUGUGAAAACGGUAAAAACCGCUCGGGCAGGAACUCUGGAAGAGCAGUUUCUCGGAAACGGUACUCGGAACAUGGGAAUAUAACGCGGUUCUCGUUGCUGUGCAAGGACAUCGCUCCGUUUCCGAACCGUCGCGCCGUCCCUUUGAUCUCGUUUCUCGCAUUCGCGAUGUUUAUUUACCGGUUUUAGCGUACGCUCCAUCCCCCGGUACGCGCGUAACGAUAUUACGACUCGAUGCGACGCUCUAAAAUCGCACGGCAGCACGAAGAAAGGAAAGAGAAAUUACUGGAACUAUAGUGUGGGUUAUUGUUAAUUCUAUGGACCAUGCAUAGCCGUACGUGGAACAGUCCCGGCGUACAUCGCAAUAAGAAAAUGGACAUGUCCCUGGUGAACGGACUCCUGGUGCUCGUCUUCGUUCUGGCGAUCGUACCGGAUAAGAUACUAGGAAUCUCCGGGCCGUCGUUAGUCAUGGACCAGGACAUGCCAUCGAGGACUUGCAAGUACAGCAGAGCGUACUCUAUGAUACAAGUUCGCUGCUACAAUCUCGGCCUUCAGUGGAUACCGCCUAAUUUGAGGACGGAGAUUCAGAUUCUGGACGGGGCUAUGAACAGAGUGAGGGCAUUGACCAACGACAGCCUGGCCUCGUACACGAGCCUGGAGUACCUCUAUUUAGGGGACAAUUUUAUCCAAGAGAUCCACGAAGGGGCUUUUAACAACCUACGAUAUUUGAAGGUGCUGGACUUGUCGACGAAUGGUUGCGAUACUCUGCCGAAGAGCCUCUUCCAAUUGCCAUACCUGCAGAAACUUUACCUGAGCGUGAAUAGGCUGACCGACGACCUUUUCUCACGCAUGGACGUAAAGUCACCGUUGACUUUCUUGCAGCUGGCCAGAAACAAACUCACGAAAAUCCCUCAGUUGGGUCCGGUUACUUCGUUAAUACAUUUGAACGUUUCUGAAAAUUUUAUUACCUCCGUCAGCCCGGAGGAUCUGGCACCUUUCUGUUCUCUAAAGAUCCUUGAUCUGUCCAAAAAUCCUAUCAAGUUCGAUUCAAGCAACUGUGAAUGCCAAACGUUCAACGCGUGGCUGCACGCGCGCGAUAUUCACACGCGACCCGUGUUCAAUUGCACGGAGGAGUUGGAUCAACGGUGCCCGAACCCGGAGUUCAGCAACCGGACCUUAGAACUGUAUGAACAGUGCACGGAGGUGGUGCGAUUACAGAUAGAAACGCAGAAGGCCCGGAACACGUGGAUAUUGAUCGCCUGUUGCAUCGGCGGCUUCCUUCUCUGUUUGUUCGUUAGCUUGUUCUGCGUGCACAAAAAGAACAAACGGAGAAAGAAGAAGCUGAAAGAGGAGCAGAGACUGAACGCGAACAACGCGAACACGGAGUUGUUGAAGAACAACCUUACCCAACCCGAGAACACCUUUAUAAAUGAAAUGGGUAGUGCUUGGUGGCAGUGCACUGCAUGUUUGAGAGCACAAGAAGAAGAUAUUUGCGAGUUACACUUGAAUAAUUAUAAUCUUUACGACGUACCACCGGACGUGUUCAUUUACGAGAGGACAUUGGAAAAGCUCUACCUUGAUGCCAAUAGAAUAAAAGAUCUUCCAAGGCCACUGUUCCAGUGCCAUGAAUUACGAGUACUUUCUCUCAGUGAUAAUGAAAUCACCACGCUACCACCCGCCAUAGCAUCCUUAAUUAACUUGGAGUAUUUAGACCUCAGUAAAAAUAGUGUUAAAGAACUACCAGACAGUAUCAAAGAAUGUAAAAACCUUCGAUCUAUAGAUAUCAGUAAUAAUGCAUUCGAACGUUUCCCAGAUGCUAUCACACACAUUGUUGGACUAAGAGAGUUGUAUAUAAACGAUGCGUACAUAGAAUAUCUGCCGGCGAACUUUGGAAGACUUUCGGCUUUGAGAACGCUGGAGCUCAGGGCGAAUAAUUUGAUGACGUUGCCAAAGAGUAUGAGCCGCUUAGUAAACUUGCAGAGACUUGAUAUCGGUAAUAACGAUUUCACUGAAUUGCCGGAAGUUGUUGGGGAUCUGAUUAAUCUUACCGAAUUGUGGAUAGACGGUAACGAUAUUAGACGCAUACCCGUGAACAUUAAUCAGCUUUAUCGUUUGAAUCAUUUCGAUUGCACUUUGAACACAAUCCACGUUAUUCCGUCGGAAGUGGAAGGAUGGAGGGACAUAUCGAUCAUGCACCUUUCCUCAAACGAGAUUUACCAGUUACCGGAUUCGAUCUGCUAUCUACGUACAAUCGUGACACUAAAAGUUGACGACAAUCAAUUGAACGCACUGCCAAACGACAUUGGACAGAUGUCAAGCUUAGAAGAGCUUAUAGUAACUAAGAACUUUCUCGAAUACUUACCGUCGUCCAUAGGACUUCUACGAAAAUUGCAUUGUUUGAACGUAGACAAUAAUUAUUUGCGAUGUCUUCCGCCCGAGAUCGGAAGUUGCACCGCGCUAUCGUUGCUAUCUUUGAGAUCGAACAAUCUGACACGCGUACCGCCCGAACUGGGCCAUCUGUCCUCUCUAAAAGUACUGAAUCUGGUCAACAACUGCAUCAAAUUCUUGCCGGUGUCUAUGCUCAACUUGAGCAAUUUGAAGGCUCUGUGGUUGAGCGACAAUCAAAGUCAACCGCUGGUACCGCUGCAACAGGAAUUCAAUUGCGAGGAGGACAUGAUGGUGCUGAGCUGUUUCAUGCUUCCGCAGAAACCGCGGCAAGAACUUGAACAAGUGACACCGGCUGUAGGAUUAAUUUCGAGUUCAAUUGUUGGUACCGGAAAAAGAAUAUGUUUUGCUGCUGAGGUAGAAUCUGAGAUCCCUAGACAACUUCAUCGAGCACCGACCCCCUAUCCUAAAGAGCUGCGCAACCUUGCUAGGCAUGCCCGCAAUUUACAUCAAACAACGCACGAACAAAGAAUGCAUUUAGAACAGGAGACUAUGAUCAAAGAAGCUAUUAUUGCUACGACUACCCUGGACCUUACCUCAAAAUCCGGGACCUGUUUUUCACAAAGUUUAUUUAAUAAGGGAUCACACUCAUCACUUUCACCAACCGAGCGUCAAGUAUCAAAAGAGUGCAAAGGUAACAGUCCUACGGAUGCCGGGCCAGAACAACAAUCUGUCUCCGAAGAAUCUUCCGACGAAGCUAACAAGACGGUACUGGCAAAGGAAAAGAGUCCGGAUAUACGGGAAGCAAAAUAUAUUCGCAAUCCCACGUCCGAAUAUCUUUCGAAGUCGCCCACGGUGGCGGAUUACGUAAACUCUACUUGGAAGCCGGACGAGUACUCGAAAGCGAACACCGCGAAGAUCGUGGAAUCAGAGAAAUUUAUAGAACCUUACAAGGGUACACCCGUGAGCAACAAGAAGACCGAUCAUACUCAUGUUCAGACUCCGAAAGUGAACGACGUUCCACCUGUUCCGCCGCCGUACCAUAUCGCCGCUGCGUUCUCGAAGAAAGCUGCGUUCUUCCAGCAAUUAAAUCCAUCUACGCAAUUAGAUUCCACUUCAAUAGUCACCCCUCCGCAAACUGAUCAAAAUUCGAAGGAGCCGCAAACUUACGAUGACUGCGGAGAAUCGUUCAAAUCCGACGAACGUUUGCAGAAUAAUACGGCGCAAGCUUUGAGCGUCGACGAGAAAUCAAAUUCUUCGAAUGGCUCUGAUCAAACUCAAGCGAUGUUGGAGUCGAACGACCAGGAACAGUCAUUCGAGGGAGAUCGAUCGUUAAAGCCAAGUAGGAUUCCCAUCUUAAAGACGAAGCAUUUGGAAAGCGCGAACUCUAUUUCGAACUGCGAUCUGCCGGAAGAAUAUGAUGCUUUGAAAAUGUUAAACACGUCAUGCAUACCGACCUCUCCGAUAACUGGUAAGAAGUAUCGAAGUCCGCUCUCCAUGCAAUCGAAACUUUCUGAUCGAUCCAAGAAAUUAAUGAACGGAGUUUCAAACAAUAAUACUUCCUGUGAUAAUCUCUCCCUAAACGCAAAUUCAGUUGGAAUUUCGACCACGGAUGGAAUCUCCAAGUCUAAGUUUAACGAAACGCCGUCGAAUAUGAAUAAUAUAAAAAAUGAAACUAACUCUGGUCGAAGCACGCCAGUUCUAUCGAAGAAUCAGUCUCCCAACGAGGUGGCUUAUUCGAAUUUCGACAAGUAUAAAUCCAUUGAUCUGAACGACUCAUUGAAUUCAGAUAGGAAGCCAAGGUUCAAAUGGAUGUUCGGACCGCAUAAAAAUGCGAACGUGUUGCCUGUUCAAGUGAGGAAGAAUCCGGGUCUCGGUUUUAGCAUAGCGGGAGGAGUAGCGGGCGCGGAAACUGGAAUCAUCGUGACUAAAGUAAAUCCGAAUGGUCCGGCGCAGGGCACGCUUCGACCAGGUGACAAGAUCUUAGAAGUAGACGGCAUAGACUUCACUAAAUCCGAUCACAACACCGCUGUGGCCGUUCUCCAAGCGACCGGUGCAGUGGUAUCCAUGAUGAUUAGUCGUCAUCAGUGACGUCGUAUUAAAAAGAGAACAUUUUUCUUAUAAUUCGUUUUCGCGGAUUCGACUGAGUACACUUCAAGUAAGUUCUUUUUCUUUCUAAGUUAAGAUUUAUAUAUUUUUUACUUAAGACUUUACACACACAAACAUACGUAUAUUCGCGAAACGCACAAAAACGCGGAGAUUCAACUUUUUCUGAACGCUUGUCUUCACGGUUUUAAAUCGUACUCUUUCUACUAUCUGUCAGCUGAAAGUGUUACCAAAGGUGUCGAGAGGUAAAGAUAUUUCUAGCUUCCAUCAGUCACGAACUCGUGAAUCGAGCAUUUAAAAAAAAGAAGAAACAAUCAAUGUUAGGUUGUAUCUUAGAUUAGGGUCGCGAGCCCAUUCGCACAUUUGCGAUGAGAAAAGGAAUAGAGUUCGAGAUGUGAUGUACAAGACAACUAUUUUUAAGAGAAGUCUCAUGUUCAUGGGCCAAUUCACGGUUUACUCUAAUUUAGUAGAUAAAGGUAGAAGCUACUCGUAUAGUGAAAAGUUCAUAAGUUUCUUCCCGAGUUGCAAACUCCUUGAGAGAUAGAAGUAUCGUUUGUGUUGUUUUACGAUGUUGGUUGUAUAUGUGUCAACUCGCUCGUUCUCUUCGCGGAGGGCUAACAAUGUGCCAGAAAACAAAAUACUAUUUAUUAAUCGUAUAUAUAUGUAUAUAUAUACGUGAAAAAAUAAUUACUAUAUAUAUAAAGAAAAUGACUAUAUAUAUAUAUAUAUAUAUAUAUAUAUAUUAUGCAUACAAUGUAUACAAACAAUAUCUCUGUCGGUCUGACGGAAUUUUUGCAGACAUUUGUUUCAUAAGAUAUCGCGAAGUAUUUUGUAUAUGUAGAAAGAUUUUUCUCUUGAAGUUUAAAAGCAGAAACUGUUUCGUUUGCUUUAGAUUUUUACUUGAAAGAAGGGUAUUACAUUUUUUAUUUUAUCUCAUUAAAAGGAGGAAAGUAUUCUUUUACGUGCCGUAAAAUAUUUUUAUUACUAUCGGAUUUUUCUUAUUCGAACUUUAUAUGCUCCUUUCCUUGCCAUUGAUUCGUGAUAAAUACCGAUAAUUCUCUUAUCAGCUGUUAGGUAUUCGAUAAAACGAAGUCGUUAUUGUUACGUGGUUGUGAAUUAUUAUAUUUGAUUCGUUCUAUGGUAAAGAAACAGGUAUAUGUACCUACGUAUCUGAGAACUGUUCUUUUGAUAACAGUUAUUGAUAUGAGAAUGUCAGUGGGUAAGAUAAAACACUAAUUUUCUAUGUUAGCAGAGUCAUACCUAAAAAAUGGUGAAAGUUAUUCAAUUGUAAAUGGAGCGAGAUAAAUGUUUAUAAAGGAUGUACAUGACGAUGUGUGUAUAGAGCACAAGCGAACUGUUCAUAUCAAGAUACGAGUUAUAAACCAGUACACCGUUUGUACCCCAGAACUUUUACAGAAAGAUAGCAAUAUCGCACUUCACUUUACCUCGCAUAUGAUACAAUUACUAUACACGUUGUCUAUCUAGCAUUUGUUGUUCUAACUUUGUUACUGAUUUUGAUUAGUUUUGUAAGGACACGUGCGUUUAAACAACUAUCACUUAUUUGAUUUUGGUUGACGUCUUUAAAAAUCGAUUAGAGAUAUUUUUUGAUACUCGUUCGAGCAGAAACCCUUGUGUCGUAAUAUUCCAAUGAUAUUCAGAUAAAAUAAUGUUACAGUUAGAUGGUAGCUAUAUAACGGAUAGAAACGCAUUGAGCAUUACUGCGAAUGUAUGUACAUACAUGUAUGAAUUGUUCGACUCUAUAAUCAUUCCGAGCUUCGAACUGUCUCAAUCAGUAUAUUAUUCAAAGCUACGUACCGAAGCUCGGAAUUCUUCCAGAAUUGAGAGUUACAACAAGAAAGUUAUAUUUUCAGAAAUAUUUCUUUUGCCUAUAACUGGUAUUCUGUAAAGAAAUACGUAGAGUUUUUAUAUACUUUAGGGGAGAAAGAGAAAAAGAACAGAUUAUUUUUUAUUUACCUAUUUUGUGAAAGUAAUUUUAGACGACUAUAUAUACUCCAUUAUAAAGUAUUCUUAGUGAACGUUUUACGUAUGUUUUUUUUUUUAUUUGUUUUUCGUACACAUAGUUCUGUCAUAUAAUUAUAUAUACGUAUAUAUGAGGAGCAGCUUGGUAUUUAAACUUCUCGAAUAGUUACAUUACCAAUAAUAAUCUGCAUACCUAGUCACGUUGAAGAGUAAGAAGUAUAGUUGAGGGUGGAUUGUACCUUCACCUGAUUACGUUUGUCUAUUAAUAUUUUUGCGUAUGUUAUUUUCUCGUUUAUCCACGGUAGGAAGGAAUGGUAUAUUUAUUGUAUGCAUUUACGUCUCAACAAAUACUCUUGUAUGCAUUCAUUGGCUAGUUAAGUGUACAAACCGAAUUGUGCACGUGUAUUGAUUGUCCGUUAGCAGGAUCGUUUAAAACGUUACGUGACGCUCAAAUAAUCUAUUAGGGUCUUCUUCAGGAUAAAUUGAUAUUUUGAUUAGCAGAGAAAAACAAAUUUUUGGACCAUAAGAAUGCAUAUACAAUCUUUUCUACUACUCUAACUACUAAACAGACUGACUACUUUUCGAGCAGAUAUUUAAGUGGCAUUUAAGGAAACGUGUGAUUGAAUAUGCGAUACAUAAAACUGUAUAUAUAAAAAGAAUUAUAACCGAAAAAGUGGUCGUACUCAUUGCCCAGUUCUUAGUUUCGAUUACGAUUCGUAGUUCGUUUGUGUAUUAAUUUUUAAUGACAGAGGCAAAAAAAGGAAACCGUUGAGAGGAAAACAUUAAUCAGUACAGCCACUUCCUUGACGUAUUUUUUCGGGACAGCUACUCGAACGAUUUGUAUGGGAACGUAUGAUAGAUUAAAUGUACAAAAAUGCUCACAGUUUGACUGGUCACCAUAUAAUAACUACCAUACAGUUGUAACACUUGGGAUAUGUUAGAGAGAAAGAUAUUUUACCUUUCUUAAAAAGUCCUAGUUGGUUGUGCAGCAAUAAAUAAAUUAAUAUUUACGUACAAAAGGUU